AUGAUUAUAUUAUUAUAUACUUUUUUGAUAUCGCAAUUUUUGGAUAUUAUCUGGAAUGUUGACAAUGCCGAAGAUUUUACCGAAAAUUUGUACGCCACGAUGGCAUCGGUUGUUUCGUGCUCUAAAAUGCUCAGUUUAUUAGUGAAUCGAAAGAAUAUUAAUAUGUUAAUCAAUGUACUCAUCGAAAAGCCAUACAGACCAUUGGAGAUGGACGAAAUGAGAAUUCGAUAUAAAUUCGAUAGACUUAUAUAUAUCAAUACACUCUACUAUGCGAUUUUGGUAGAAACAACUUGCGCAUGUAUAACCGUGACAUCUUUAUUCACGGUGUUCAGAAAAGGAAAUUUAACAUAUAGAGCAUGGCUACCGUAUGACUAUUAUUCGUCUAGCAUCAUAUUUUGUCUUACAUAUGCUCAUCAACUUAUUAGUCUGACGGCUGGAUCGCUCGUUAAUGUGGCCUGUGACAGUCUCAUUUGCGGAUUGUUGGUGCACAUUUGCUGCCAAAUAGAGAUCUUAGAAUGCCGACUGAGCAAAGUAUCGAAUGAUGAUAGUACUCUUCGCGACUGUGUACGUCACCACGACAGUAUAUUGCAAUAUGCACUCAGAUUAAACAAUAAAUUUAGAAUGACUAUUGCUAUGCAAUUUGUAGUCAGUACAUUGGUGGUAUGUUCCAAUUUAUAUCAAAUGACUAAAUCAACGAGUUUAAAUGCGAGCUAUCUUCCUUUAAUAUUAUACAUGUCUUGUAUGUUGACACAAAUUUUUAUCUAUUGCUGGUACGGAAACGAAGUAAAAUUAAAGAGCAUUCAAUUACUCGACAACGUUUUUGCGAUGGAUUGGAUGACGAUGAACAGAAACCUGAAAAGAAAUUUAUUAAUAAUUAUGAGUCGUGCAGCAGUACCAAUAGAAUUUACCAGCGCUUACGUACUGUCUAUGAAUCUCGAUUCUUUUGUUGGGUUACUUAAAACAUCAUAUUCUGCUUAUAAUAUAUUAAAACAAGUGUAG